CAUCACAACCUGCAGGAGGUGUACAACGAGAGACACCGGCUGGCCCUGGAGGAGCUGCUGUCCGGGGGGCUCGACCACUUCCAGGACUUCCUCGCCAAGGAGAGGAUCCCCAACUUCCUGUCGGACGAUGAGAUCCGACGCAUCAGGAGCACCGCGGUGCCGCCCCGCUGCGUGUCCGUGCACGGCGACGACCAGCUGCUGGAGCAGUCGCUCGGCAGCUCCCUCGACUGCUCCUCCGUCACCUAUUUCCCCGAGGUGUCGGACGUGGAGCCGCCGGUGCUGGAGAUGGGCUGGCCCGCCUUCACCGCGGGGUCCUACCGGGGAGUCACACGGGCCGUGGCGCACUUCCGGCCCAGCUACGGGGAGUGCAUCUACAGCUGCAAGGAGGCUGCGAGGCGUCUGAUCAAAAGUGCCAGAGAGGUGAUUGCCAUAGUUACAGACUCCCUGACAGACCUGGAUAUCUUUAAAGAUCUUCAGGAGGCAUGUACCCAACGCAGAGUCCCUGUCUACAUCCUGUUGGACCAAUUAGGUGCUCCCUCUUUUCUCAAGAUGUGCGGAGAUGUCGGCGUUCGCCUGGAUGACUUUUGGGAGGAGAUCCUGGCUGGUAGCACCAUUCGGUGUUUCCCUGCAGAGCAGCUACCAGUGAACGAACCCGUGAUACCCAGCACCGUCUCCUGCCAUGCCUCCACUCAGACCCGCAAGUCGGUGACGGACAGAGUCGCCCGCCCAGGCAGCGCCAGACGGCACCUUGAAGGACUGCUACCACAAGCUGACCAAGGACCGUCAGCACCACUACUCCACUGUCACAGAGGCGAGAGCUGGCGGACGUCACCAACGUAACUCAGGUGCUUGGCACUCGCAGCAGGCAGAGGGCAAACAAAAACUGGGAGGAGGAGCCAAACCCCAGACUGCUUGUUGAAAGUGCAGGCAAGGGCACAUGGCCAAGAGCCAGACGUGUACACUAGUUCUUCUACAGAGAUUUAGGUGAUGGAGGGUAGUGGGUACAGCCCUUGUAAGGUUUCUUGGGGAUCUUCUGUUUAAUAUGAAUGCUUUUGACCUGUGCAGUAGAUUUUCCCCCAAAAAAACUAUUGGGAGAGUGGAGGUGGUUUGUCUUUUCUGCUGUGCCUACUUUUCAUGCUGCGUCCUGAGCAUGUCAAAACAAUAUUCGGUGACAUGGUAAUGCAUGAUUGUAACCGACACAAACAUCUUGUAAAUAUUAAUUUUGACCAAAGACACGGUGCAAUAAUCAGCUUUUUGACUGUCAGUUUAAUGAAUAUCAUUUGCUGCGGUGGUUAAGACUGGAUAAUAUCUACUGUAGUAUGAAUGAAAAUGCACGUUUUUGUUAUUUUAAUCACAUUUGGCUACUGUAACUACAUCUGAUCGUCAUUCCAGAGAGCAGCUGGCUCUCACUGUGCCUUCCUGAUGAAUAAAGGAGCAUUUUUUUCUUAUUUA